AUGGCACUUGUUAGAUUUAGCAAAACAUCUCCCUUGGUGACAAUAGAAGAAUUAUUAGGCAAAGAAACUCGACGGAAGGUGAAUGUGAUGUUUUUCACUAUAUUGCGGAAUGAGUUUUUCAUACUCAGUGUUUAUGGUAUGGGUGGAGUGGGCAAGACGGCCAUUAUGAGGCAUCUCUAUAUUUAUCUCCUUGAUUAUGUUCCGUCAUAUGUAUUCUGGAUUGAUGUACCUCAGGAUUUUAGUGUUUAUGCGCUACAAGAAGAGAUUGCCAAUGCGGUUGGACUAGACGAUCUUUCAAAUGAGAAGGAUGUGAAGAGAAUGGCGGGCCUAUUGUAUGGACAUCUGAAUGCAAAGAAGGGAUGCAUCCUAAUUUUAGAUGGCCUCUGGAAGCCCUUUGAAGUUAAGGAUGUGGGUAUUCCGGUUGAAAUGGGCAAACUAAAGUUGGUAGUGACAACUCGAUCACCAGAUGUGUGUCAUAUGAUGCUUUGUCAAAAGAAAAUUAAGAUAGAGCUUCGAUAUGGAAGAUUCUUGGAGGUUAUUUUUAAAGAUGCUUUGCUUUUGCGGGAGAACUCCCUCGGAAGUUGA